UCAGAUUAUCACUUGGUAAACUACUCAGAUUGCUUUAACCCAAGUUUAUCAACAACAACUCCAUGCCCAGCACUUGAUAAGUUAAUGACUAAAAUUCUUGGCUACUACAUAUUUAGACCUAAUGGAGCAAAAGCAGUGUAUGCAAGUACUACUGUUAGAACAACAAAAGCACUGCGCAGGAACCAAAGAAGAUAUACACCGGAGAAGACAAGGAAAAUUAAAAAAACCACCACUUGUUCACCUUGCGAGAGAAAUAAGAAACUGCUCGCUGAACUGGAGGCCAAAGCAUGGUCAAUUGAGCCAGUUGUUCAGAGUACCACAAAGAAGAAACGUAACUCUGGCCCGGUAAAAAGGUCCCGAACGGAAGCAACGAUAGUGUUGAAAAAAGAGACAGUGUGGAAAAAUGGUAAGAUGAUGCACAAGGUGGUAAAAGGAUUUAAAUCGAAGCCAAAGAUCGCAAAACGAACACAUGACGACUCCGAUUUUUUGGAAAAUUUAGCGUAGGAAGUAAUUUUACUUCUACCUAUGUACACAAUUAUUUGAAAUGAUAUAAUAUAAUUAUUAAA